CAGUGGUUGCCAUUUGGGCCAUGAGACCGGGGCCCUGGGACGAAGCUGGAGCUGGAGCCAGGGAGGAGAGUAACCUGCCAGCGAGCAGCUUUUCUGAAGACUUUCUGAAGAAGCUUGUGUCUGUGACUGCGGCCGCUUUGGGGAAACCAGAAGACCGCAUGCAUGUGGUGGUGCAUCCUGGUCUUCCCAUGAUAAUAAAAGGAUCCUGCGCCCCUUGUGCCAUCCUCUCUGUGUCAGCCAUUGGAGCCACAGACUCUGCAGAGAAGAACAAGGACCACAGCGCAAAGAUCUUCAGCUUCCUCACCAGCGAACUCAACCUCACUGAAGACAGGAUUGGGAUCAUGUUCAACGCUCUACAGCCCCAUCAAGUGGGCAAGAAGGGAACUGUCAUGAGCUUUUUGUAAACGUCUCAGUUGAAGUCAGGGAAGAAUAUUUAGACGGUAUACACCUAGUUUUGUUAGUAUUUUCUUUUUUAUAUUUGCACAAAACAAAUGGAAAACUCACCUCAUUUUAUUGAAGGCUAAAAGUGUAGGUCAUUUUAAAAUUAUUUUAAUAUUGCGUAUAACAGUGAGUGAUUUCUGGAGUUCUGAGUUUUCAUGAGGCCUGGCCUGUAUAUCUACUGAGAGAAAAAAUCGUCUGUGUUUCCUUUAUAUGCAGGUUAAGGUAUUGGCGACCCAGGAUUAGUUGCGAUUGUAAUGUGACCAAGAUUCUUGGCCGUUUCAGCACAAUCCAAAUGAAGGAUAACUUUACUGUAAACAUAAUCCAUUUCUUUUGUAACAACACAAGAAGGAUUUAAGGCACAUUUAUUGUAGUUAUCGUUUAAAGUGCAAAUGACAGGUUUCGAUUUUUAAAAAAUUAUUCUUUGGUUUGGUGGGAUAGUACCUGUGGUAAAUUUUCAUAGUUUAAUAUCAGUUAAGUAAGUGGCAGUUUGUGGAAAAAAACCCAGGAGGUACUGUUGAGUUAUGAAACAGAAUACACCUGUCAUCAACACAGAAUAUUCCAUCCAAAAUGCAGAGACAAUUACAGAAGAGCAUUUUAUUCGUGAAAAAAAUUAUAGUUAUCCUGUAUUAUGAAAUUUUAAUUAUGGGAUACAUUUCUCGUAAUCAUGAGAUAGUGUUCUCCUAAUGAUAAUAUAACUUUAUUGAUCAGGUUACUGCACAUGAUACAGUUCAGUGUGUGAGGACAGCGUACGUGCACCGUGAUGAAGUCUCCUGAUUUACUGCACAUUAUUUUACUAAUAUGGGCUAAUCUUCAAGAAGAUGGGUGUGCUCACAGUAACCCAAUUGAACCGGCACAUUUCGGACUUUGGCAUGGUUGAAGGAGGUGGGCCAAGGUACUGCACGUUGCUCGUAUAUGGCCACACAUGCGAUUUUGGUGUUGAGCUGCCUUGAAUUAGGACGGUGGGCCAAGACAAAAGUUUAGCAGCAUCUUGUCUCCUUGCCACUCCACUCUAUUGUUUAAUCCAAUCUGACAGGAACAUCACAGCAGGACUAAAAUCUGCCUCACUAUUUCAGAGAUACUUCAUACCGCUGGGCUUAUUUCUCAGCUAAACUGUUAGCACUUCAGUGCCACAUAUAAACAAACGGCAUUAUUUGACAACGUGGCUUGAUUUGUGCGGGUGUGAGUGUGGGUCAUGAAACGUUCUGCAAAUAUGCUUGAGCACCGCACGGUUCAGAUAGAUCCAGAAGGAGUCAAGCUGAGGUCACACUGCCACCUCUGGAGUGCCAAAUUUAUUAUUGCUUGUAGACUCUUACAACAAGCUAAAGCCAUAUGGAAUAUCAAUGGUGUGGUGGACGGAUUCUCAGUAAAAAUUAUAAACCUCACCAAAAAAAAAAAAAAAAAAAAAAAAACUAGUUAAGAUUUUUAAUACACAAUGAUGUUUUGGUGAAAUGGGUAGUCUAACCUGUCAUAUACACUUCAAACACAUUCUCAUAUUUCAUUUGACUGAUUGUGCAAGGUGCAAUAAACUUUGCCUGGGAAAUCCAGAAUGAUAUAUCUCUGUAUUUUAGUAUUAAGUGAUGAAGAAAUGUGUAUUUUGAAUUCCAGGCAACAAUAAACCAGUACAUACCUCACUGUUUUAGGUUUUUGUUGGACAGCAGCUAUUCUGUUUUUAAAUUACUGUGAUUUUCAUUUUGAUCUACAAAUGUUCAGUAUCUUGAGCUUACCAACAUUCAAC